AUGAGAGCAAAGCCUGUUGCCCCGUUCACUGCACGUAAAAAAAUAAAAAAGGAAAACGCAGCAGCUGCUGACGNUUACAUCAGGCUUAAUCGCGGCAAUCUCCGGCAGAAGGACUGGAAGGAAGUCGCUGACACCGUUAACUCCCGUCAAAACGGCGUUAAGCCUCAGCGCACCGAUGUACAGUGUAAGAACCGGAUCGAUACUUUGAAGAAGAAGUACAAGCUUGAGAAAACCAAGUCAUCUCCGUCUAAAUGGCCGUUUUAUAACUGUCUCGAUUAUCUCAUCGGUACCAAUAACGUUUCUACCUCGCCGUGUAAUAGAAAAUUGACUGCCGCGAUUACACUUACCGUUAAGUCAAGCUCUAACCCUAACCCUAACUUUGGUGCCGUGAAUUAUUCCGGCAGUUCAUCGAGGAUGAAUUCAAGUGGUUCAAAUUACAGCUCGCACGAUGAUUUGCCGUUUGGGAGUGGAGGGAGGAAGAAUAAAAUGGAGUAUGUAGGAUUAGCGGAGGAAACUACAGCGUACAAGGAGUUGGCGCGGGCAAUAUUGAGGUUUGGGGAAAUAUAUGAGAGAAUUGAGAGCACAAAGCAGCAGCAGAUGGUGGAGUUGGAGAAGCAGAGGAUGAAAUUCACCAAGGACCUGGAGGUUCAGCGGAUGAAUAUGUUCAUGGAAACUCAGUUGCAGAUUGAAAGAGCUAAACGUCCUGCCAGGCAUCCUACUUUGACAGGAAAAUAGUUAUCUGCAGCAGUUACAUCUAUUAGGGCAGGCUAGUGCUGCUGACCAAGGGCUAAAGUCACCCGAAGUUGCUUGUAAAUUGUUCAUGCAGUUAACAGAAGCUCAGGAAACCAAGAUUAAUGUGUUUGUAUUUGGGUCUGCUGUGUUUAUGUAGAUGAUAUGUUGAUGUGCUAAAACAUUAGCUGUAGUAGUAUUUAUUAGGAUGAAGUUUUUUACGCUUUCGUAUUACUCAAUGUUUUAUGAAUAACUGGGCUUUUCACGGACUUGUUUACGAUCAGUCUGCAAUAUUGUAGGAACACGGGUAUUGAGGUUGUGUGUAACAUUCAACUGCCUUGAUGCUUCUUUCUCUUGAAUGAUCAAUGUACGUACUUCCAUUAUUUGCUGCUC